ACACUUGUUGUGGUGUAUCUGUUUUUUUUUCUUCGAGAAACUGACCCAAAGAUUGUUUCGCCAGCAGAAUGUCUGUUUAGUUUUAAGUGAAGUUCGAUCUGAACAAGUUGUUUAACGUUAAAAUAGCGGCAUAUUGACUUGAUUGCCUGGUACAAAAAAAUAAUGCUCAAGAGUCACAACAACUGUAACAAUAAAAACAUUAACAGAUCCCAUGACCAUGAUUUAUACACGCUGCAGGAGCGACCACGGAGACGGAGGAAUGUCUCAAUGUUUCGUGGUAAAUUUAUUUAUCUAUUGCUGAUGUUGUUGUAUUUGGCAAAUUGGAUUGAUGGCAUAGAGGCUAGACAGCAACAACAGAAGCAUGAUGCACAACAGCAGCAACAGCAAAUAAAUGAAGUGGGCGCUCAUCAUCAUCAACAGCAACAGCAGCACCAUAAUAGGGGGAACAGCGGUGGCAGUAGUAGUGGUUCUUCUUAUGAAGUACUAGGCAAGCGUAACAAGAAAAACAAUCAACACCACAAUAAUAACAACAACAGCAAUAAUCAUAACUACAAUGAAAAGAAACACAAAUCUUCCAAUGGUCAUUCUCUUAAUAAUAGUAGUAGUAAUAGCUUAACAGGUGGCUCCAAACCUCAUGGCGCUAAAGGGCGCAAAGGUGAUAGUAAUAAACAACGCAGAGCUCAUCAUAGAAAACACAAUAGAUCCAAUGAUCCCGAUGACAACAUUUCUUUGUGGAUUACUGAACAACAAUUAAAAGUUUUGACUGAUUUAUUCUUUCCUCAGAAUUCUCUACAUGGCCCCGUCUAUGCCAUACAAAAUGGUCAUGUUCUAAAUCACAUACUAGACAGUAGAUAUUAUGAAUAUUUAAUAAUACCCGCCGAAGUAAAUUAUGUCAAUUUCACCUGGAAGUCAGGACAUCGGAAGUAUUUCUAUCAUUUCGAUUUACUCGAGACAAUGGAUGAGAGUAUACUAAAAGCACCUACAGUAUCAAUAAAACCCAAAGGACGUAUACCCAACGAAGAGAAAAAUUUUAGCGUCUUUCUACCCUGCAGCGGUAAUAAUUCGGGCACUGCCAUGUUUAAUGUAGGUCUCACCAUACACAAUCGCAGCGGUAAUCCGUUGCCAGGCACUCCGUUGCGUUUGAAUUUCAAAAAGGAGUGUGCACAUAGAGGUGUGUAUGAUAGCCUAGACGCUUCCAAUCCUACACUAAUUACAUCUAUGCAAGGUCCCGAUCCCGAGUGUCAUGUGAAAUGUGGUGAACAUGGUUUCUGUAAUCAUCGCAACAUUUGCCAGUGUCGUUCGGGUUAUAUUGGUCAGUACUGUGAGAAGGCAUUUUGUUUUCCUCAAUGCAUGAAUGGUGGCAAUUGUACAGCUCCGUCGGUGUGCUCAUGUCCGGAUGGGUAUCAGGGCACACAAUGUGAGGGUGGCAUUUGUGCUGAAAAAUGCCUCAAUGGUGGCAAAUGUGUGCAAAAGGAUAAAUGUGAAUGUCCCAGAGGCUACUAUGGACUACGAUGUGAAUUUUCAAAAUGUGAAAUAUCUUGCAUGCAUGGUGGUCGCUGUAUUGGCACAAACCUUUGUCGCUGUGCAGAGGGUCUAAGUGGUGAUCAUUGUGAAAUUGGUCAUCGUCAGCGUUAUACAUGUAAACGAAAAUGUAAACAUGGCGAUUGUAUGCCUAAUAAGACUUGCAAAUGUAAGGACGGUUUCUAUGGGCGUUUUUGUAACAGACGUGUUAAAAAACACUGAUGUUUAUUUGCAGAAAUCUACAUCACAGAUGUUUUUCUUCUCUUCCAGGAUAAUGUAUUAAUUAUAAGUUUUUGUAUGUUAUUUAUAAGUUUUCUUUUGCAUAAGCAAUUGUUCAAUUGAACAAGGGGGGACACAAUGUUCUCUCAAUUGAUAAUUGUUUAAUAACUUGGAUUAUUUUCGAUAAAAAUGUUCUUUUUUUUUAAAAAGUUGUGAUAAAUUAUUUUAUUUAAAUAUAUAAAAACAUUUUUUUCUCAG